AUGAUAAAGAUACCAAGGGCAAAGAGUCAAGCUGUGGGAUUAGGUAGACCGCGACUUCCGCCAAUCGAUCCGCCGAUCAAUCUGAAACUUGAUGUCGAAGCUAUUGAGAAGAGAAGGAGGGAAGUAGAGGAUGAGAAUAAGGAUGACAAGAUGGACGAGUCACACUCAGAACGUCGAGCACGAGAGACAGGGCUUUCAGGAGGACUACCGACAAAUAGUCACGUUAAUGACGCAUUAUCAACAGCGAAUGAUCUUAGCAGGACGCGACUGGAGAGUGGUCUGUUCAUUUCAGCGGGCGAGACAUGGAACGACUGGAAGACUUCCGACGAGCGAGAUGCACCGAAUGAGCUUUACGACCCACCGACCGAGGAGGAUAUACCAGAUGAUGACAGCGAUUCUAGCGACGACGAAAACGACUUGUUUGCAAUCAGUUACCGCGAGUGCAGUGGUUUAGCAGGUUGUCCCCGUGGUGGCGGUGGUGGUGAUAAUGAUGAUGGCGGUAGUGAUGAUGAUGACAAUAGUGAAAAGGGGGAAAAGAAAGACACCAAUGAUCCAGGAGCACCAGCCAACCCUGCUGGUGGGCCGCCAACUGGGUCCGAACCUCGACCUCAAUCGCCAAGAAAGAAAGCGAAAAAACAUGACUACACGCAAUACAAUCGCCCACAAGUCCGUACAGCUUUGAAGUAUCGAGAGCAAGCUCAGAGUGCUCAGUAUGUUACGGAGCUCCACAAGCGUGCUAAUGAUUAUGACGACAACCCGAAACAACCUGGUACUAUUCAUCACUAUAUCCUGAAGGAUCGGAGUGUCGCAAAUCGUCUUGAGAAAAGGAUUACUGAACUGGGUGAAGGUUGGUCGACUGAAUAUAAAAAAGAACUCGAUGAGCAGAAUAAGAAUGGCGAACAAGUAGAUACUGACGUAUCCGAAGAGAACUCUCCCGCGUCAACCGGGAAGGGGAAAGCUAAGAAGACAUCUAAAUCUAAGAAAGAGGAGAAGACGCAGUCAAAACGUAAGAGCAAGAAGUAG